AUGCCCGGAGGAAAAGGAAAAGCAGGUUCAACGGCAAAGGCUUCAACUAGCAGAUCAUCCAAGGCAGGUCUAACAUUCCCAGUUGGAAGAGUCCACCGAUUAUUGAGGAAAGGAAACUAUGCACAAAGAGUUGGUUCGGGGGCUCCAGUAUACUUGACAUCGGUUUUGGAGUACUUGGCGGCAGAAAUCUUGGAGUUGGCUGGAAAUGCUGCUAGGGACAACAAGAAGUCUCGAAUUAUUCCUAGGCACUUACAAUUGGCCAUUCGCAAUGAUGAAGAGUUGAAUAAUUUGUUGGGAAAUGUAACUAUAGCUCAAGGAGGGGUCUUACCGAAUAUCCAUCAAAAUUUGUUGCCAAAGAAAUCCGGAAAAGGGUUGAAGUCUUCUCAGGAAAUAUGA